AGUACCACGCGCAACGUUAGUGUGUUAACGUAUCUAAGCUGCUCUUUCGAUGUGUUUCUUCGUUACAUCAAGUUUUAAUUUGUCAUACUUUUCAAUCAAGUUAUUCGUUUGAAACGUGAAUGGAUAAACUAAUGGCUGUUUUUUUUUCUUUUUUGCAAAAAACGAAUCAGAGUUAGCAUUAUGACACAAUGCUAUUUUUUUUUUAACUUAUAACAGUGUAAUCGAUUAAGAGGACUGGAUUGAUUAAUUAAUUAUUCGAUAAAUUUUGCGGAAACAAAUCCGUUUUUUUAGUAAAUAAAGAACAAAGAAAUGUGGUAACGAGAAUCAAAAAUAUAAUGUUGGACGUGAGUUACAACAGGCACUCGGACACGUUGCCAGCUAAAGAAUUACUAUGGAUCUUUUUGUUAAUAUGGACGAUCUCAUCAAGUCUAGCGAUCAACAUCAACUGUUGCCCGGACUCGACGUGGUCGUCAUCUUCGAAAAAUUGUUCCGAUGGCACAAAGAUUCGUCUUACAUGCUUGUCUGAUGGAUAUUACAUAAUCGAUUCUAAAGAGGAAAACUUUACUAUAAUCGAAGAGCAUGGGAUGCCAUGGCUUCAAUUCGUGGAGAUGAGUCAUAUAAAAUUAAAGGCAGAUAGUUUUUGCGUGACAAAUUGGGAAAACAACUCGCAAGUGGUUUUGACAUGUUUCGAAGGCGAACAUUACGUGAUGUGGAAGAACACAUUGUUUUGUAUUCUUAGUAUCAUAUCAGCCAUAUUCUUAAUCGCCACCCUAGCAGUUUAUGUUUUACUACCAGAAUUAAGGGAAGUUCAAGAUAAGGCGAUGAUGGCCGUAGUCACAUCAUUAGCAGUCAGUUAUAUUAUCCUUUCUGUACAAAAUUUAAGAUUGCCAGAAGAAGAAGAUUACAUGAUAUGUGCUUCUUUAGGGUUUAUUUUAUAUUUCGGAUUUAUAUCUGUAUUUUUCUGGUUAAACAUUGUCUCUUUUAAUAUAUGGAGGACAGUUUGGUUUAAAGAUUUCAUAAUCGCAGAUAAACCACUUUUUAUUACUUAUAGUAUUAUUGGAUGGGGUGGACCAAUGUGUUUUUUAAUAAUAUCCUUGAUCGCUCAUCAUGUAGAUGGAACCCAUUUGAAACCUGGUUUUGGAGAUAAUACUUGUUGGUUUAAUGGCCCUGAGCAAACGUGGGCAUAUUUUUAUGGGCCAAUUGCUAUUUUAUUGACGUUAAAUAUUAUCUAUCUUGGCUUAACUGGCUGGCGAUUAUGGCAUCAAUAUAAAGAUUAUAGUGGAAGCAAUUUACGAUCACUUCGUUUUAAAUGUCUGCUUUAUGUCAAACUGAUAUUUGUUAUGGGUAUUACAUGGAUAUUUGAAGUAGUUUCAUUUGUUGAUCAUAGUAAAAAUGAUUUUUGGAUACUAACGGAUAUACUAAAUGCAUUACAAGGUUUAAUAAUAUUUUUACUAUUAGUCGCGAUGCGAAAACGUGUCAGGAAAUUGUUGGCAAAAAAAAAACCUUGUGGAAUUGGCUUUCCAAAAUCUUGGACUGCUUAUGAAGACGAAGAAUGCGAAGAAGUUUUACCUGAAGAAGUUGAGUUAUCACAACAUGACUAAUAUUUAUUAAAACAUUUUUUUCAUUGAUAAAAAAAUGAUUUUUUUAAUUUUUUUAUAUCAACACCGUUUAGUUUGAAAUAAUUAUAAAUAAUGAUAAAGAAAAAAAUUAUAUAUUUGUUUGUUAAUAACAAAGUGAUAUAAGGAUUGUAUAGAAUUCAAUACUCUUUUACCAUUAACCUAGUCGUAACAUACAUAUAUAUAAUUUUUAUAGCUAAAAAUGUAUUUACUAGAAAUAUAUUUUUUUAUAAUCUCAAAUGAAUUGUCAAGAAAUACGUAAUAAUAAUUAUUUAAGAAUCUCUAGGAACGUUACUAAAUAAUGAAUAUUGCGUUAAUUAUUGUGUCAAUUAUUAUUAUAUCAAUUUUUACCGGUAUAUAUUAAGAGAAAAUCGAUUAUUAUCGUUUUAGUAUAUUUGUCAUUGUAAUAAUUUUAUCUUAUUAUUUUAUUGUUUCCUUCAAAAACGUUCGUAUCAAACUUUCAUAAGUGACUGACGCGGCACUUAUAACGGCGAGAUGAUAAUUCAUUUUAAAUUAUAUGUAUUACUUCUUGUAUAUAUUAAACAAAAAUGUUAGUCAA